AUGCCGUUGCCGAGUAAGGCUCGGGUGUAUGCCGAGGUGAAUUUGAAUCGACCACUUAAAAAGAAAAAGAUCAAACGAGAAAUCAAGAUUUUGGAGAAUCUCCGAGGCAUAACAAACAUCAUCACACUGGAAGCGGUUGUGAAAGAUCCGGUGACACGUACACCUGCUCUUAUUUUCGAACAUGUUGAAAAUCGGGAUUUCAAAGAACUCUACCACACCCUGACUGAUUACGAUAUUCGAUACUAUAUGUUUGAACUGCUUCGUGCUCUCGACGCUUGUCACAGUAUGGGGAUUAUGCACCGUGAUGUAAAGCCGCAUAACGUGAUGAUCAAUCAUCCACAACGACAGCUCCGUCUGAUUGAUUGGGGCCUAGCUGAAUUCUAUCAUCCCGGUCAGGAAUACAAUGUACGGGUCGCAUCACGAUACUUCAAAGGCCCCGAAUUACUGGUCGAUUACCAGAUGUACGACUAUUCCCUUGAUCUGUGGUCUCUGGGUUGUGUUUUCGCCAGUAUGAUUUUCCGCAAAGAGCCUUUCUUUCACGGACACGACAACUAUGAUCAACUAGUCCGGAUUGCCAAAGUCCUCGGCACGGAUGAACUGUUCCAAUAUUUGUCCAAGUACGAUAUCGAUUUGGAUUCCCGCUUCAAUGAGAUUCUGGGUCGACAUACAAAAAAACGAUGGGAACGUUUCGUGCAUGCUGAAAAUCAACAUCUGGUCAGUCCAGAAGCGUUAGAUUUUUUGGACAAACUGCUCCGUUACGAUCACGCCGAACGGCUAACCGCGCGUGAGGCCAUGGAACACCCGUAUUUCUACGGUAUUGUACAAGAACACGGUGGCCGUAUCCCGGUAGCAACC